AUGCCGCCGCCUCAAGCGCCGCCGCUGCCCAUCCAGGCGCUACCGGCCUGGGCCUCACUCUAUGACGUGAACUUCUACAGCGUGAGGCUGGAGAACAUGAAGGGCAGGGGCAUCGGCCUGGCUGCCGCUCAACCUCUCAGCCUCGCUGCCGGCCACGAGGGGGCGACUGACGACCGUCCCUUACUCAAAGUGCCCCGCGAUCUUGUCUUGUCCAUCGAGGCUGUCGAACAGUAUGCCAAGAUUGAUCACCACUUUCACGAGCUGCUCGAUGCUACUGGGCAUCAGACACCGAGGGGACACAUUGUGCUGUACCUCCUCGCGCACCUGGCCUCGUCCAAGUCCCAGGCUCUUGGCAUGCCCGACAGCAAGAUCGUAUCCACCGGCUGGACAGAGUACAUCAAGUUUCUACCCCGCGAGAUCCCGGUGCCCACCCUGUGGACAGAUGCCGAGAGGUCACUGCUGGCCGGGACAUCUCUAGAGAGUGCUGUCAACGCCAAGAUGGCUUCGUUGUCGAAUGAGUUUGAACAGGUGCGCACGGCGGCAUCUGGCGUGCGAUUCUGGGAUGCACUGCUUGGAAACUCGAGAGCAGUCGACGCACAGGACUGGGCCCUGGUCGAUGCCUGGUACAGGUCCAGAUGCCUCGAGCUGCCUUCUGCAGGAGAGGCCAUGGUUCCUUGCGUCGACAUGGCCAACCACUCUAACGAACCCGACGCAUACUACGACGAAGAUGGCGACGGCAACGUCGAGAUUCUCCUGCGGCCGGGGUUCGGCGUAACAGAGGGUGACGAGGUCACCAUAUCGUACGGCGAGUUCAAGUCGGCCGCCGAGAUGCUCUUCAGUUACGGCUUCAUAGACAGAGACAGCGGGAGGGAAGAGGCCACGCUGGUGCUCAACUCGCUCCCGGACGAUCCCCUUGCUAGAGCCAAGGUUCACGUGUUCGGGUCCUUGCCGACCGUGCGUCUGUCCCGGAAGGAUGGCAGGGUGACGUGGGAGGCACCCUUCCUCAGCCUCGCGUGCCUCAACGAGGAGGACGGGCUCGACUUCCGCCUGCUCCAGGACAACGAGGGUGGGCGCGAGCUACGAGUGUUCUGGCAGGAAGAAGACGUGACAGAUAGGGCUUCCGACUUCCAGUCCCUGAUCAAGGACCACCCAAUCUUCGCGGUGUUCCAGCUCCGCAUGGUGGCCAUGCUGGCACAGCAGCUCACAUCACAGCUGGAGCAGAUUCAGGCUCCCCACAUCGACGAAGAGACGGACGGCUCCUCACCUAACCCAGAACUAAGAGACGUCUGCGUUGAUGCGGCGAGAAUGCUGAGAGAGGUUGAGGGUUCUCUCCUAGAGGGCGCCCUAGGAGCCCUGCAGGAACAGCAAACAACACUACUGGCCGAUGACAAGGUCAAGGAAUAUCUCGGGGCUGCGGAAGCCGCUGCAGAGGACGGCCAGGACCAGGACCCCGCCCGUCCCGAGGCUGAGGUCCAAUAA